UGGUGCGCAAGGGCGCGGAUCGUGGUCCAGGCCGUGAGCUGCUGUGGUCGCCGGUGCAGAUCAACUCUGCUGCGCGCCGUGCAAGAUGCCGAAGGUGGUUUUGAUCACCGGGGCGAGCAGUGGCAUUGGGCUGGCCCUUUGCAGUCGGCUGCUGGCAGAAGACGAGGAGCUUCACCUGUGUUUGGCGUGUAGGAACCUGAGCAAAGCCGGAGCCGUUCGUGAUGCCCUGCUGGCCUCUCACCCCUCCGCCCAAGUCAGCAUUGUGCAGAUGGAUGUCAGCAGCCUGCGGUCGGUGGUCCAGGGUGCAAAGGAAAUCAAGCAAAAGUUUCAAAGAUUAGACUACUUAUAUCUGAAUGCUGGGAUCAUGCCUAAUCCCCAACUAAAUUUCAAAGCGUUUUUCUUGGGCAUCUUUUCAAGAAAUGUGGUUCAUAUGUUCUCCACAGCGGAAGGACUGUUGACCCAGAAUGACAAGGUCACUGCUGAUGGCUUCCAGGAGGUGUUUGAAACAAAUCUCUUUGGCCACUUUAUCCUGAUCCGGGAACUGGAACCCCUUCUCUGCCACAGUGACAGCCCCUCCCAGCUCAUCUGGACCUCUUCUCGUAAUGCCAAGAAAUCUAACUUCAGCCUUGAGGAUAUCCAGCACAGCAAAGGCCCGGAACCCUACAGCUCCUCCAAAUACGCUACUGACCUUCUGAAUGUGGCUUUGAACAGGAAUUUCAACCAGAAGGGUCUGUACUCCAGUGUGAUGUGCCCAGGCGUAGUACUGACCAAUCUGACAUAUGGAAUUCUGCCGCCCUUUGUGUGGACAUUGCUCUUGCCGCUGUUAUGGCUGAUUCGCUUUUUUGCAAACGCUUUCACUCUGACACCGUACAAUGGAGCAGAAGCGCUGGUGUGGCUUUUCCACCAAAAACCUGAGUCUCUCAACCCUCUGACCAAAUACGUGAGCUCCACCACAGGCUUCGGGACUAAUUACGUCAAGGACCAAAAGAUGGACAUAGAUGAAGACACCGCCGAAAAAUUUUAUCAAACCUUAUUGGAACUGGAAAAACGCGUUAGGAUCACUAUGGAAAAAUCGGAUCACCCCAGCUGAUAGCGACAUUCUCCUGAGCGUCUAGUACCUUCUGUACCUUCCGGGGCACGUGGCUUUCCAUUGUGCUGGAUGAUAAACAUUUGUCGUAAACCAUAAGCCAUGAUGAUCUCCUCUCCUACCUUUCAGAGUGAUCUCCAUGACUCUGUGUGCGCACAUGUGUGCAGGCAUGCACACACACGUGAGGAAAGAUGGGCAAAGUAGAGGACCCAAAUAAAUGCCCUCUAGAACAGUGUCCUUUCAGAAUUGCUAGAGGCUUCCUGCACAGCAUCUGCAUACAGCAUUCUGUCACCUGGAGCCAGCUGAUGAGACUUGAGGGACUGGGUUCAGGUGCAGCCUCAACCUUCAUUUAGUCCUGGCAAGGAGGGGGCAAUGCCACUUUCCUUUCCUUUGCUUUGCUUUGCUUUGCUUCCCUUCCCUUCCCUUCCCUUUCCCUUUCUCUAUAAUU